CUUUCGCCUACGAGACAGACAGACAGAGAGAGAGAGAGAGACAGAGAGAGAGACAGAGAGAGAGACAGAGAGAGAGAGGCCACGCACGCGCACGUGUCGCGGCAUGAGGGACGGAAUCGCGAUCACCGCCGCCCUGACGGCCUGCACUGCAAUUGCGUUCAACUUUGGGGUUUUCUUCCCACGAAGAAGAGCCGGAAAGAGAGUCUCCUUUUCCACCCGAGAGGACAUGAUCCACGACGGCUACGGCCACCACCUGACCGAGGAGGAGAGGAAGGACUUGAGCUACUCGCCGGCGGAGCUGCAGCAGUUCUCGAGGUCGCUCGAUGUCGACGCCUGGCUGGAGGAAUGGGGAAGCUGACACGGGGUGGCUGAUUGUUGCUGUACUACUGCGGUAUGAACCGGCCCACCGGCUGUGUGCCAUGUGGCAGGCAGCCAGCAGCCAGGCAGCAGCAGAACCGGGGCGGGGGUGCGCGAAGCUUCUCCCACAGCUGGAGAUGAUAGGUUUGGGUUCAUCGAAUUGUGAGAGGCAGUCGGCGUUGGUUUGCCCGUGGUUGCGUUAGGUCCCCUUUGUGUGCGUG